AUGUUAAAUAAUUUUGAUGAAUUGCACAUCUUAAGGCUUCCAAAAAUUGUAAAUACAUUUGCAAAAGAUGGUAUUAAUUAGAUUGAACUAAGAAUUCUUACAGUUGAGCAUGAAAGUUAGUAAAAUAAAUGAAUAUGGAAAUAAACAUACCAGAUAUUUUGUGUUAACCAAUAAAAAAAUUUUGCUUUUAAAUAAAUCAAGUAACAACGAUUUCAUUUAAAAGCAAUUAGAAGGAAAGUACUACUAUCCUUUAUCAUCGGAAUAACGAUUUCCUCCAAGAGUUUCGAAUUCAUAUUGCAUUUUAAAAAUGAAUAUGAUGAUGAUGAUCUUAGAUUAUAAACUGAAAGCAGAUCUAGAUUAAUUGAAUUUAUUGUUAAGACCUAUGCACUUGAAUUUCACAUUCCUUUAGCUUCAUAUUAAGUUCAAGACUUAAAUCUGAAGAAAUAUGUAGUUUAUAAAUAGGAUAGACAUAAACAUAUAUGUAAAUUGCCUAAUGUUAAAGCAAACUUUUUAAAUUAUAAACCUAUUUUGGAAGAACAAGAGAAUUUUUUAAAAAUGCAACAAAUAUAUUAAUAAGAUACUGAAUCAAAAUUAUUAUUUGGAGAGUUUUUAUUACAAUUAAAAGAUUUCGAAUUAAAAAAGAUUUUAUGUGAAGGAAGCAUAUCAUAAAUAGUUUAAAUAAUGAAUUCUAAAACUCAUACUUAUCAUAUUAUGAAAUGUAUCAAGAAAGAAGAUCAUAGUUAAUUAAAUCUAAACGAAUUUGUCACCUUUAAAAAAUAUGUAAUAGAUUUAUUAGAUUUAGUCUCUUCAUCCAUUUCUAAUACCUUUAGAAUAUUGCUUCGAGACUUUUGAUAGAUAUUACUUUAUUAUGCCAUAGGCUAAAUGCGAUUUGUACAAGAAAUUGGAUGAAUUAAAAAAAUUUGAUUAAAAAUAAUUAUUAUUCAUAGCCUAAGAAUUGGUUGUGGCUUUGGGAGACUUGCAUAAUAAAUAGAUAAUCCAUGGUGAUUUAACAUUGGAGAAUGUUUUGUUAGAUCAAAGUUAUCACAUAGCUUUAUGUGAUUUUGGAUAUUUAAGGAGAGCUUCGAAAAGAAAAGAUGAAUUUUAUGGAGUUGCUGAAUACACUCCACCAGAAACAAUAUAAAAUAAAGAUUAUCAAUAUUAUAGUGAUUAUUGGCAAUUGGGAAUCAUUUUGUAUGAAAUGGCUUAUGGUCAUCCCCCAUUUAUUGAUUACGACUAGAAUUUAACAUUUGAUUAUAUUUUAAACUGCCAAUUAGAAUUUCCAAUACAAAUUGAGGUAGAUCCUCAAUUAAAAGAUCUAUUAUCGAAAGUAAUCUUUUGAGUCUCUAUUUCAGCUAUUAUGCAAGGAGCCAACAAAAAGAAUUGGAUAUUAGAUGGGGAUUUCAGAGAUUUAAGACCAUGAGUAUUUUAAAAAUACUAAUUGGAAAUUAGUUUAUGAUAGACAAUUAUAGCCACCUGAAUUUGAGAAAAAAUUAAAAUUAUUUUGA